CAAGUGCACAAUCCACUAACAGAACCUGUGAUCAAGCUGAAUCUGACACUUAUAUUUGGUGGAAUUCUGAGUCAACUGACUCAUCUGUACAUUAGUUCAGCUAUGAGGCCAAUGCAGUUGACUAUCGGCAGUAACAUCACAUCUAAACAGAACCUGAGUCUCCAGCUCAAAGGCCAGACGGUGUCAUUUCAGGACUGUGACAGACCUUUCUUUCAGUCUGUAACCCAUCUUCAUGCUGAAGCUGAAGAAUUCCUUUGUGGAUCUGAAUUCAUGGGAAAGUACUUCACGUCUGUGGAGACAUUUGACUACAGAACGAAGCUUUCAGCUAAAAGGGUUGAUUUAACAUCAAUUAAUCAGCUGAUUCACCUGAGGAAACUGACUCUACGACAGGUGGAUCUUUUAACACAGCGUUCUGCCGACAUCAUUUUUCACAACUUGACCAAACUGGAGGAUCUGGAACUUGACAACUGCAGGAUUUAUUCUUUAGAGGGGAGUUUAACUAAAGACUUGAAAUCUUUGCAAAUAGUGUAUUUGCAUAUAGAGAACAUUUAUAAUGUAUUCUAUAGCUUUACUGAACCUCUCUCUAGCCUUAAGCAUUUGACAUUUGAUCAUUUACAGAUGUUUUGCAGUUGUGAUAAUGCUUGGCUCAUUACAUGGGCAAAGGGGUGCAGGCAGGUUGAAGUGAUCAUGCUUGGUCCGUAUGCUAAAACCGGUAUGUAUGCUUUGGAGGACUUGAUAUGCUUGUCGGACAAUGGAAUAGACACACCUAAUUUUGUCAAGUACACAGAAGCCAACUGCACAACAGAGGUUGGCUUUGUGCUCUUUGUUGCGACUGGCCUGGGAGUCCUGUUCUUCAUGCUGGUGGUGUUGGUCCAUAACCUGGCCGGCCCCUACCUCCUCCCCCUCUACCACAUCACCCUUGGCUGGCUGUUAGAAGCCAUGCGAUCCAACACCAGGGGGCGCUACCACUACGAUGCGUUUGUCUCCUAUAGCGGGAAGGACGAGCGCUGGGUGGUGGAGGAGCUGCUACCUAAUCUGGAGCAGAGGGGUCCUCCUUUCCUGCGCCUCUGUCUGCACAGCAGGGACUUCCAGCUGGGGAAGGACAUUGUGGAGAACAUCACAGACAGCCUCUACCGGAGCCGCCACACCCUCUGCCUAGUCAGCCGCCACUACCUACGCAGUAACUGGUGCUCUCUGGAGAUGAAGCUGGCCACCUACAGGCUGCAGGUGGAGCAAAGGGACAUCCUCCUCCUCGUCUUCCUGGAGAAGAUCCCCCCUCGCCAGCUGUCUGCCCACCACAGGCUGGCUCGCCUGCUGAAAACCAGGACUUAUCUGGACUGGCCCCAGGACCCCCAUCAGCACCAGGCAUUCUGGGACAGACUGUGGGCUAAACUGAAACCUCAGACUGAGCAUGAGAUCAGAUGUUGAUGUAGAACCUUGUGUACAGAAAUGUGACAUCAGAGGUUGAUGUAGAACCUUGUGGACUCAAGCUAGACAUCAGCGUUUUAUGUAGAACCUUGUGGACUGAAGCAUGAGAUCAGAGGUUGAUGUAUAACCUUGGGUAUAGAAAUUUGACUUCAGAGGAUGAUGUAGAACCUUGUGGACAGCAAUGUGACAUCAGAGGUUGAUGUAGAACCUUGUGUUAUUGCAGAUGCAAUGUUGACACAUGUUGAGCUGUUGAAUUUGUUGUUAAAAGUCCUCCGUACAAAAUGUCUACCGCUGUUUGAAAUUUGUUUUGUCAAUUCCUUUUAAAUGCUCUGUCUGGAGUGUACUUUUUGCGAUUCAUCUGAAAUUACUUUUAAUAGCCUUAUUUAAAUUGCUCAUAAAAAAGCCUAAACAUUUUAUAAAUUCCCUAAAUUUUAUCAGAUCCUAUUUGUAUUUUUAAACACCUAAUUGCUAACACA